UAGUUUAUACAAAGACUAUUCGAAGUGGAUUCUGAUGACCAUUAAAGAUCAGACAAAUCCUUUUUGGGCUGGUUCACAGAUCUGAUUUCAGAAUAGAACAUAAGUAGGUGGAAUGUCAGAACAUGAUUUAGGUAGUUUAGGGACUAAAGAAUAUCAUUACUAAAUCAUUGCACCAACAUAAUUAUUAUGCAUUUGCUUAUAAAUAUACAGAUUUUUUAUCUGCAACAUCACACGCACACAAAUAUCAAAGAUACUUUCUGAUUCCUCCUCUUGUUCUCUUCCAUGGCUGGUCCAGUUUCGGAUGAUACAGAAGCGCAGUACGCUGGAGAUACAAGCAGCAAGCGCGGUGGCUGGAUAACUUUACCGUUCAUGAUGGCUACAUUGUUAGGUAUGUCCAUAACUUCUUUCGGAUGGGUACUGAACUUGAUCGUCUUCUUGAUCGAGGAAUUCAACAUCAAGAACAUCGCUGCUGCUCAGAUUUCAAACAUUGUCAAUGGAUGCCUCAGCAUGUUGCCACUUGUAGCAGCCAUUUUAGCUGAUUCUUUCUUUGGAAACAUUGUCGUCAUCUCGGCUUCUACUUUUAUCUCGCUGACUGGCAUUCUUCUCCUGACGCUGAUCGCAUAUUUGGACGUAUUGAAACCUAGACCGUGUGAAACCGGAUCAAAUCUAUGUCAGUCUCCAUCGGAACUCCAGCUUGGGAUCUUGUAUACAGCCUUAGUUCUAGUAACCACUGGAGCAGGUGGGACACGGUUCACCUUGGCAUCCGCGGGUGCAAACCAAUACGAGAAACCUAAGGAUCAAGGAAGCUUCUUCAACUGGUACUUCCUCACGCUUUAUGCUGGGGCUAUUACCGGGGCAACAGCGAUUGUAUACACACAGGACAAUGCUAGCUGGAAACUUGGGUUUGGCCUCUGCGCUGCUGCAAAUUUGGUAAGUUUCAUUGUUUUCGUGUGCGGGAAGAGAUUCUACAAGCAUGAGAAACCCAUGGGAAGUCCUUUCAAAAGCCUGAUCAGUGUUGUAGUCGCUGCUACACUGAAAAGAAAGGCUGUCAUUUCAUCCAACGAAGAAGACUAUCACCGUGGCCUUGGAGAAAAAGACAAGACUUCUCCUGCACUGCCCUCCAAGAGCUAUAGGUUCUUGAAUCGUGCAGCCUUGAAAACCGAAGAAGAUUUAAAUCAUAAAGACGGCUCAGCUAACAACAUCUGGAGGCUAUGCACUGUUCAGGAAGUAGAAGAUUUCAAAGCCAUUCUCCGACUUGUUCCUCUGUGGGUAUCCAUAAUAUUUGUUGGUACUCCAAUAGCGAUGCAAACAAGCUUAAUAGUACUCCAAGCUCUAGUCAUGGACCGUGGGCUUGGUCCUCACUUCAAAGUCCCGGCUGGCUCCCUCCAAGUCGUAAUAAUGAUCUCUGCAUCCACCUUUAUCAUAAUGAACAACUGGCUUGUCUAUCCCAUGUACCAGAAGAUUACCAAGAAGCGGCUAACACCGCUUCAAAAAGUCGGGAUAGGCCAGGUGCUCACCAUCCUAAGCAUGGUAGUCUCUGCGGUUGUGGAAGCAAAGAGGCUGAAAUCAGUUGAAAACAACGGACAUCCCAUGUCAGUGCUAUGGCUGUUUCCUCCUCUAGUUAUAGUGGGAAUAGGCGAGGCCUUCCAUUUUCCGGGAAAUACUGAAUUGUUCUAUGGAGAUUUCCCAGAGUCUCUGAGGAACACCGCAACUUCAUUGACCUCACUGGUGAUUGGAAUCUCUUUUUAUCUGAGCACAGCUCUGAUAGAUCUGAUCCAAAGGACCACCAAGUGGUUACCAAAUGACAUUAACAGCGGAAGAGUUGACAAUGUUUACUGGGUUCUAGUCGUUGCCGGAGUCUUGAAUUUCGGAUAUUUUCUCGUCUGCUCUUGGUUCUACAAAUACAGAAAUCUCGGAGGUGACAAUGAACUAGAUCCUAAAGAUGUUUCAACCUAAGACAGACAACAUGUAGCAUGCUCUUGUUUAACUUAUGUGUCUGUUAUUUGCAAGUGUGUUUUUGUUUAAUCAAACUGAUGUCUUCAGUUUUAUCUAAUUUGUUGCAUGCUCCUUUUUCCCGUGUUUACUAUCCCUGAUGUUUUGUAUAUUUUUAGCUAAGAUGUAUAAAAAUAUUUCAAUUAGAAGUCGAAA